UUCGCGAAGUACACCAACGCCUAGUCGUGCUACGUUUGCAGAACGAAGGAAAGAAAGCACAGAGUCGUUUAAUGAUGAGAGAGCGGUUAAUGGAAAUAAUAGUGGAAGUGGGAAUGACAUGUACAAGGGUGGUUAUUCAAAUUCCGGAAAUUCGCAUGUCUAUGACACGACAAUGCGUGCAUCUCAAAAAGACGAUAGUGCUAAAUUACAAUACGGAAAGAACGUCGAUAACGUAGAACCCAUGUCAAGUGUCAUGAGGCAACAAAACCAACAAUUACAGCAACAGCAAGCACAAAGAAUACAGCAGCAAGCCCAAGCUAGACAGACGGAGCAGACGACUCAGAAGAAGACGCGUCCUCUUCCACCCACACCACCAACAUCGAGAUUAGAAAACAAGGAAUUAAAGGGAAUUGCAGAGUCGGGCACUGUACAGAAUAAAGUUCAGGCACUGGUAAACAACACGCAAGUGCAAAAACAAGAGAUAAAGCCCAACCAAGGACGAACCCAACCACAACCUACAGAGCAGCCAGAAUCUCAACCGCAAACAACAGCAACUCGACGGCGUCCAUUACCGGGUAUUCCUCCAAAGAAAUCCUCUACUUCUCUUGCAGCACAGGCAUCGAUAUCAACAACAGGAACAGCUACGACUGUCGUAGUAACUGCGGCAGAAACAAUAAAACGUCCAAUUACAGCACCAUCCACAACUCCAUUCACAACUCCAUCAACAUCCCCAUCCACAAAAGCAUCCACAAUUUCAUCAACAUCAACAUCUGCAUCAAAAACCGUAUCGACCACUUCAUCCAUUAAAACUACAAUUCAAAAUACCAGACCAGUUAAACCCAUACAAGACCGUCGGGAGAAUGUGCACUUGAAGAGCGAGCGUGUGGAAAAGGUUGUGCGAGAAAUAAAUGCUAUAAAGAAUGACAAGGAAUCGGAGGAGGUAUUAGCAAAGACAUCGACAAAUGCGAAGGAG